AUGCUAGCGGCCCGGGAGUACUUGUGUUGCCUCCUCUUCGCGCUCUUCUUGGCCCCGCUGCCCGGCGAUUCGGCCGCCUGCACUUCGGGCAACCUCUUGGACUCCACCGCAAUGUCCGCGUCGCAGCCUGGCGUUUCAGUCCCCAGCCUGCCCAUCAUGAUCAAGGCCCUCGAUUCACUGACCAUCAGCUUCAUCCACGUCUUUGUCAUCGACAACGACCAGUCCGCUGUGCCGGGUGUGGCCUCGCUCCACGAUGACGCUAACGGCAAGCCGUCGGGGACGCCCUUCUACUCCUCCACCAACGGCCGGGCGGUGAGCGCCACCGAGUACCAGAUCGACAUGGGCAACACCAACCUGAACCCCGGCGUCUACUGGCUGGUCUUCACCGCGGUCCAGCCGGGCGGCGUGAUGGCGGGCUGGACCUGGUCGGCCUGGGGCGGUGUCGCCAAGCGCCUCGUCAGUACCGACGAGGUCGCCAUCGGCAUCGGUGACGCCAUCGGCUUCGCCUUCGCGGACUGCCUGGCGGCCUUGACCAACGCCACGGCCGAGUUCGAGCAGAAGCAGGCCGCAUUCCAGCUUUCGGGCACUUUCGGGAACAAUGAUCGGUCACAGCACUUGGCAUCAUCAGUGCAGUCGCGACUAAGCAGCCUGCAUCUGGGCAACACCACGCUCCUUGCAGCCGACCUCUCUGAGAACAUGACCCGCGAGAUUGUCCCCGAUCAAGGAGAAGCAGCGCCCAGUACCUACAUCUACUCGGUCCGCCUCGACGACGGCACCCAACUGCACCAGUCCUUUGCCUUCUACAAGCGAGAAACCAACUCCACUUUCGCAGGCGUCGACUUUGCCAUUCCAGCCAACUCCGUCAAGUGGUCACUCAACUUCACUUCCAACUCCUCCUCGCUGGCUUCGCGCACCACCCAGCCGACCACCGUGCGCUACCGCCUCAACAGCGCCGGGCUUGCGCCUGCGUCGAACGCGCGCAUCGUCAGUCGCGCCAACACCCCCGCCGCGGGACUCACCACCUACUUCCUGCCUCUCAACUCCGACCCUGCACAGCCUAUCGUGGCGACGGUGGUGCUCUUCGACCUGGCCGUCGUGGACGGCGUGGUGACCACCAUCCGCCACAACAUCACCGGCACGAUGGCGGGUGAGUACGAGGUGGCGGUGGAGCUGCCGGCCUUCACAGCGUGGGUGCACUACGACCCCAGUGUGGGCAUGGGCGCGCUCCUGGGCUCCGAUGGCGGAGGAGGCGGCAGCGACAACACGGGCCUGAUCAUCGGCGUGGCCGUGGCCGUCCCGGUGGCUGUGGCGGUGGUCGUGGUAGCGAUUGCGGCCGGUGUGGCGUUCGCCUGGUACAAGCGGCGCUCGCUGUGGGUGGAGAGCACCGUCAACUUUUCCGACACAGUCCACGAACAACUUGAUGGCGCUGGUGAGUUGUGA